CACCUGUGGGGGCGAGAGCGAAGCGAGAGUCGGUGCGAGCGCGACACGAUGACAAUCGCUCGUUCAUGACUGUAGCCUGAAAAUAUUUUUGCGGAUGACGUUUUCUCUCGCGCGGCCCCAAGAUCGGCGGUGGGACGUUGUGGGAUUCACGGUUAUUUAAUUGUCGCGCGUCCGAGCGGGCACGGAGGGUCUCCCGAAUUGUAUUCCGCGGUGUCGCCGGGCGGACGGUGCAAUGGAGAGUAUAUUUCACGAGAAGCAAGAGGGAUACCUGUGCGCCCAGCACUGCCUGAACGCGCUUCUGCAAGGCCCGUACUUCAACGCCGUCGACCUGGCGAACUUCGGCCACCAGAUGGACGAGGAGGAGAGGAUCCGGAUGGCCGAGUCGGGCGUCGACAGCGAGGAUUACAAGCUGUUCCUCGAGCAACCAUCGGGAAACAUGGACGACAGUGGAUACUUUUCAGUUCAAGUUAUUAGCAGUGCUUUGAAAGUUUGGGGUUUAGAACUGAUUCCAUAUAACAGCACGGAACCGACAGCUUUACUGGCACAGAACGAUCCUUCGCGGAUGAGAGCAUAUAUUUGUAAUUAUAAGGGACAUUGGUUUACAAUAAGAAAACUCGGAAGCCAGUGGUUUAAUUUAAAUUCGAUGCUUAGCGGACCCCAGCUUAUAUCAGACACUUACCUCACGAUGUUUCUAGCUCAAUUGUUACAAGAAGGUUAUUCUAUUUUUAUCGUUAUCGGUACCCUUCCGCAGUGUCCCGCCGAGGACGUUCUUCUGAAAAAUCCCAUAGUUGCCACGAAAAGCAAUUCAAACUCGGAAACGAAAUUCACGUCCAAGGGCCAUCGCCUAGGCACCAAGCUGGAGGAUGAAAUCUUGAAGACCGCGCUCGCGAUGGGCGAAGUGAAGGUCCCGGAAUCCUCAAGUGCAAUCAGAAGUGUGCAAUCCUCUCACAAACCCGGAGCGUCCACGGAGGAGGAGGAAGAGGAGGAGGAGGAGGAGGAGGAGGAUGUGCCUCGCGAGAGGAUAAUCCCCAUACGAGUCGAGGGCAGGGAUGACAAGAGCGACGAGGAGGAGGACGAGAACGUGCAAUUGGCUAGAGCCCUGCAGAUGAGCUUGCAGAACGACGAUGACGAUGUGGACAAGACGCUCAAGUUGCGACUGGAUCUUCACACUGACGACAAAACGACGCAUUUAACGGAACCGGUGAACGACGUGGACGAGGACGACGAGCUGAGACGAGCCUUGCAACUGAGUCUCGAGUGUGUUACCGCCCCACCAACGCCCGAUCCCGAGGAUCUACGCUGGCGCCGGCUGAACCACUUUGGCAUCUACACGAGGACGUCCAACAGUGAAGCUCCCGCGAAGCUGAACACUUAACAAUAAGCGCGAACUCUGCACAAAUUAUCUAUUACUAAAACUGACCGUUGUAUUGUAAAUUAUACGAUCGAGCAGCACGAACUCGGGGAAAGGUGUUAUGUCACUUUGUAUACUAACGGUAAGAAGAGAUGCCGUAUGUCGAAAACGAGAUCGAGGUACAUUUUUUUUUCUUCUUCGAUUCCUCAAGAUCGAGUGGAGCUCUCGUUGACGUUUCGUUCUCCCUCUCAACUUUGUUAUACUAAUCGUUCUCGGAAUAAAAAAAACGUUUGAGCAAGAAA